GAGAGCUGUGAUUGGUCACAGCUUGUCACAUGGCACAAGGCUGUUGUAAAUAUGCUUGUACCAUGUGACCUCUGUGAUCAUUCACAGAUUUCACAAGUAGUAAGCAAUAAUGUCAGCAAGUAACAUCUUGCUUACUACUAUUCAUGUGAUCACUGAUUGGCCAAUCAGUGAUCACGAUUGGGACCUUACACAGAGGUCCCAUACAGCGAUUGAUGUUCUGCUGUGUCCACACACCGCUUCGCGCACUGGAUCACGGUGCUGCGCGCUCCCAGGGAGCGCACACAAGCAGGGGGCGGGGAGGCCGUUUAUA